AUGUUAAAAUCCCUAAACUUUCGUAAUCAAACAAAAAGUGACAGUAACAAUAUUAGAAGUGGUAAUUCUAGUAGAAGUGAAACAUUGCCAGCUAAGGCUGUUAUUCCUGAUAUAUCACCACCAAAUACAUCUGAAGGUAAUACAACAACAUAUACAUCUCCAAAUACAUCAAGUGAAAAAAAUGACCAUAUAAAUAGUGAAGAGAUACAAGUAUCUAAUAAAACAACUACAGAAAUCCAUACAAAGAAAGAAAUACCAAAUUUAUUGUUAGAUAAUAUAAACAGUAAGAAUAUAUGGUUUUCUGAAUUUGAUAAUUUAAGUAGAUUAAGUUUUGCUGGAAGUGUUGGUAAUAUACGUGUACUUUGUAAUGACUGUUUAAUUAUAACUUUAUAUAAUGGUAGAAUAGAAGGAAAUAAAUUUCAAUUAUAUGUUGAAGAUUUUCAUGGAGAUAUCGAAUUAGUUGAUCCAUUUAAUAUUGAUGAAUUAGGUAAUUAUUAUUGGAGUAUUGUUUUAAAAGUUCCAGGUUCAACUAAUAUUAAACUGAAAUGGAAUUCUGUGAAUGGAGAACCAGUAGAAAAUAAAAUAUGUAAUAAUUUAAUAGUUGAACCUCAAUUAUUUAUAAAUAAGAAAUGUAUACCUAGUUCAGGUAUAUGUAUGCAGACAGUUUUAAGCCAAUGUUUAGGAAAUAUAACUGAAUGGAAGAGAAGAUUAGAAAUAAUUUCAAAACUUAAUUAUAAUAUGAUACAUUUUACUCCAUUUCAAGUUUUUGGACAAUCUGGUUCAUGCUACUCAUUAGCAAAUCAGAAUGAGAUAUCAUCUUUAUUUUUUCAAGAAGGUGAAAAUGAUAAAGAAAGUACAGAAGAUAAUAAAUUGGAGCUUUCAAAUGAAGAGAAAGUAUCAUAUUUAAAAGAAGUGAUUAAAGAGCUAGAGAAUGACUUUGGAAUAUUAUCAACAUGUGAUAUUGUUUUAAAUCACACAGCUGAUAAUUCACCUUGGUUAAUUGAUCAUCCAGAAUGUGGUUAUAAUUUAGAAAAUUCACCUCAUUUAACUGCUGCUGUAGAUUUAGAUAAUAAAUUACAGGAAUUUUCAAAGAAUAUAUUAGAGGGAAUGUAUAUGAAUAAGUAUGGAAUUAGUGAAAAUAUUAAUAGUUCUAAUGAUGUUGAUAGAGUUAUUCAUGCUCUUAAUGAAGAAGUUUUAAAGAAAUUUAAUAUAAAUGAAUAUUUUACUCUUGAUAUAGAAGGAAUUAUUAAUCAAUAUCAAUAUAAAGUUAAUGAUGAUAAUAUAACAGAUUUAUUUAAUAGAGUUAUGGAGAAAAAUGGUAUAAACUCUUCCUCUAUAGAAGAUAAACUUUAUGAAUUUGCAUUACAUUUAUCUUGUACAGAGAGAGGUAAAAUGAUUAUUAUCCCAGGUUCAAUUUUGAAUAGGUUAAGUUUAUGUAAUUCUAAUGAUUUAAGAAAUAAAUUACAUAUUGUACAAAGUAGAUUAUAUAAUUUUGCUGAUGACAUAAUAAGAACUAUAAGUAAUUCAGUACGUGGUCUUGUAAUGUGGGAAAGAGUUCAAUGUAAGAAGGGUUCAUUAGGAUAUAAUCAUUGGGAAGCAUUAACACCUAGAUAUUUUACUCCAAUAGUUGAUUCAACUGGUAAACUUCAAUAUAUGGCAAAUAAUGGUUGGGUAAUGGGAUGGAAUGUUUUACAAGAUUUUGCAGCUUCUGGAUCUUUUGUUUAUUUAAGGAGAGAUUUAUUUGUCUGGUCAGAUUGUGUGAAAUUAAGAUAUGGUGAGAAUGAAGAAGAUGUACCUUUUUUAUGGAAGUGGAUGUCAGAUUAUUGUACUACUGUUGCAUCUAUUUUUCAUGGUAUUAGACUUGAUAAUUGUCAUUCUACUCCACCACAUGUAGCAAAAUAUAUGCUUAGGAAGAGUCGAAAAGUUAGGCCUAAUCUUUGGGUAUAUGCUGAAUUAUUUACUGGGAAUUUUGAUGUAGAUUUAGAAUUUGAAAGACAGCUUGGAUUAAAUGCUUUAAUACGUGAAGCAAUGCGUGCAAAUGAUCCUGGAUCUCUUGGAUAUCUUGUAAGUACAUACAGUUCAAGCGGUAUUGGUGGUUUGAUGUGUAUACCAUCACUUUAUCAAACCAUUGAUUUAAAUAAUAAUACUGGAGAGGCUAAUGUUGAAUUACCACAACUUAAAGGCGCACAACCUUUAGUAAGACGACCAUGUCCUGCAUUAUUUUUUGAUUGUACCCAUGAUAAUGAAACUCCAAGUGAAAUAAGAACACCAGUAGAUACAUUACCAACUGCUGCAUUAGUAGCUUCCGCUGCAUGUGCAUUAGGAUCCACUAGAGGAUUUGAUGAAUUAGUGCCACAUAAUAUUAGUGUAGUAUCAGAAAGAAGACUUUAUCAAAAUUACAUAACAAAUAUCUCAGAGAAAGUUAGAGAAGAAAGGGGUAGGAUUGAAACUAAUAAUUCACAACUAAAUUUAAGGUCAAGAUCAAACAGUCUUGGACCCUUUCAAAGAUUAGGAAGUGGUCUAGUAACAGAUAAUUCUAUUAUAUGUAGAACAUCGGGAGAUCUAUCUGGUACUUAUUCUGAUUUUGUAGCAGAUAUUACUAUUGAAUGGAAAUAUAAUGGUAAUAAUGUUGAGAUAAGAGGAGAUUGGGAUAACUGGAAAAACAGUAUCUCUCUUGAAAAACAACAGGAUGGACAUUUUAGUACUAAAAUACUUGUUAAAUUUGCAAAUUCAUCAGAAUCUACUAGUAAUACAAAUAAUAAAGAUAAUAUAAUUUAUCCACAAAGUAAUAAAUUGCAAUAUGAGUAUAAGUAUAUUGUUGAUGGAAAUUGGGUACAUGAUCCUAAUAUUCCAUAUACUAUGGAUAAAAAUGGGAAUAUUAAUAAUAUUAUCUCUCUAUUAAAACAUCAAAAAUCUUUAGCCUUAGCUACUAAAUGGAAAUCUGGAGAUAGAUUACCUGGUAUUAUGGAGGCACGCAAGAUACUUAAUAAAGUACACUAUAAUAUGGCUACCUCAGGAUUUAAUGAAACCCAUGUUCAUUAUUUAACAUCUGACAUAUUGAUGAUUCAAAGAUAUAAUCCAAAUAUACAAGAAAAUAUCUAUUUUAUAACUCAUUCAUCAUUUACUUAUGAUAAACCUAAUAAUAUUCCUAUUAAUAUUACUUUAGAUGGUAAAAUAAAAGAGACAUUAUUUAUAGGUACAUUAGUUGUACCAACUUACUUUUUUGCAGCAUAUAGAAAUGAUCCUAAUAGGAUACAUGGAUUAGAUUCUGACUUAAUACUUUAUAGUAAACUUGAAGAUAUUGCAAAUGUUUGUUACAAUGAGAAUCUACAUGAAACAUCUAUAAAUCUGCACAAUUUUCCAUCUGGAUCACUAAUUAUUUUACAUACAAUACGUCAUACUGGUGUAAGUAUUGCAAAAAGUGCCUUUAAAGAAUUUUAUGAUAAUAUUGCUAUUAAACUACCUAUUAUUAUUGAAAAUUGUUUAAAGCAAUGUAAUGCAUCAGAUGCAAUUAACUAUAUAAUGUAUAGUUGUUCUAGUGAGGAACUAGAUCGUACGAAAAGUAGAAGUGUUUAUAAUGUACCUAAUUAUGGAGAUAUGCCAUACUGUGGUAUCUAUAGUUGUAUCAGUAUAUUUGAUAAUAUUCGCAUGAAUGAUGAUGGUGGAAAAAGUCAUCCAUUUAUUAUUCAUCUUAAGCAGGGAUCUUGGUAUAUUGAUUAUACAAUUAAUAGAUUAAGAGAAUACAAAGCAUUUAAUAAUAAACAAUAUCAUAAAUGUGAUAGGAAUAAAGGAGGUGAGAUGACAGAAAUUUGUGAAGAUAUGGAGACUUUUCCAUUAAUAGAAUUGGCUGAUUGGAUCCACUUCCAAUAUGUUUUACUUCAAAAAACUGCAAAAAUUCCAAUUGAUUAUCUGAUUACUUAUAUUGAUCAAAUAUUCUCUGCAAUUUAUAGAUGUAUUAUGUAUUAUAUUUUAUUUGGAGAUACCAAUGGUAACAUAACCUCAGCUGAAAUGAGUAGUAAAUUUAUCAUGACUGAUAUAUUUUAUAUACGAAUAAAAGCUGCAACAUAUCAAUUUUAUUCAUAUGUACCUUCUGCUCCGCUAAUAUGGGAUACAAAGUUACCAUCAUUAUGUGCUGGUCUACCACAUUUCUCAACAGGAUUUAUGCGAAAUUGGGGGCGUGAUACUUUUAUAUCAAUAAAUGGAAUACUAUUAUUUACUAAUAGAAGUAUGGAGGCAAAAUGUGAAAUUUUGGGAUAUGCAAGACUAAUGAAAAAUGGAUUAAUACCAAAUUUAUUAGAUUCUGGUAAUCGACCACGAUAUAAUGCUAGAGAUGCAACAUGGUUUUUUAUUGGAGCAAUUGUUGAUUAUUGCAAAAAUGUUGAAGAUGGAUGUAGUAUUUUAAAAGAAGUAGUAAAUUUAAAAAGUCCUAUAAAUGUUUCUUCUUUACAAAAAGAAAAAGAUGCAUUUCAAUGGAUACUUCAGGAUUGUAAAAGUGAUGAAAUUAAGUCUCUUAAGCUAUGUGAUAUUAUACAAUAUAUCUUGACUAGGCAUGUAUUAGGAAUUUCUUUUCGUGAAGAAAAUGCAGGAAAAGAAAUAGAUGAACAAAUGAAAGAUGAAGGUUUCAAUAUAUCAAUUACUUGGGACUCAUCAAAUGGAUUAUUCUAUGGUGGAAAUAAACAUAACUGUGGUACAUGGAUGGAUAAAAUGGGAUCCUCCGAAAAAGCUGGAAACAAAGGGAUACCUGCAACACCAAGAGAUGGGGCUAAUAUAGAACUUGUUGCAUUAUUAUUUAAUACAUUGCAAUUUUUAUCACAAAUAAAAAAAUCGAAAGAAUACCCUUAUACAGGAGUAUACAUUAAGAAUAUAGAAAAUUCGAAUUCUUUUUCAUUUCUUUCUUAUUCUGACUGGAUAACUAAGAUCAAAUCAAAUUUUGAAUAUUUAUUUUAUAUUCCACCUAGAGAUAGAUUAAAUGAUAAAUAUGAUAUAGAUACUAAACUUAUUAAUCGUGUAUCUAUAUAUAAAGAUACGCAUAGAUCAUCUAGUGGGUGGGCUGAUUAUCAACUCAGACCAAAUUUUUCUAUAGCAAUUGGUAUUGCUCCAGAAUUAUUUACUACAGAACAUGCUCUUUCAGCUUUAAAAAUAGUAGAAGAACAAUUAUUAUCACCCAAUAUGUUAGGAAUGAAAACUCUUGAUCCAUCAGAUUAUAAUUAUUAUCCAAAUUAUGAUAAUUCUAAUGAUUCUACUGAUUUUCAUAUUGCCCAUGGUUUCAACUAUCAUCAAGGGCCUGAAUGGAUAUGGCCACUUGGAUAUUUCUUAAAAGCAAAAUAUAUGAUGAUGUUGGCAGCUGCUAAAUCAGAACAAAAUUCUAAUCUAGAAUCUCACAAAACAAAAGCUCUAUAUGAAACUAUGAAAUUUUUAAAUAAUCAUAGAGAGUAUAUUGCUAAAAGUCCAUGGGGAUCAUUACCUGAGCUUACAAAUGAUAAUGGGAGUUAUUGUAAAGAUAGUUGUACAGCACAAGCAUGGUCAAUUGGUACCAUAUUUGAAUUUCUUUCAUAUGUAUUUAAACAAAAUAAAAAAUAA